AUGAUGCUAAACAGAUUUCAGAUUUUACGUCCAGAUAAGAACCAAAGCGAACAGACAACGCUGCCGCAGGGGAACAAUACUCCAACUGGGGAGAUCGACGGUAACGGCCUAACUCUACCUGCAUCCUUGGUAUUGAAUGUCGACUUGGAUGAUGUUCAUUUCCUGUUGUGGACGAGGAGUAACUCUGACAACGACGACGAUUACGAACUCGUCAUCGAUGACGUCAGCAACCUGAACGCGUCGCCCUUCGACGGGACGAAACCGACUGUCAUUCUCUGUCACGGCUGGAACAGCGAAGGGACCGCUAGCUGGAUUUAUACGGCCAAGACAGAAUUUCUCCAGUGGCAAGACCUUAACUUCAUCUCGGUCGAGUGGAGCAGUAUUGCUCGUCACAUAAAUUAUCCUGAAGUUGUCAAUAACAUCCCCAAGAUAGGGAAGCAUAUAGCUGCUUUUAUCGAUUACCUGUACAAAGAAGGUGGUCUCAACGUUACUGACCUCUACGUAAAUGGACAUUCAUUAGGUGCUCAUGUUGUGGGCAUUGCUGGAUUCAAUGUACAAAAUGGCCCUGUGGGCAGAAUUACAGGCUUGGACCCAGCUGGGCCUGGAUUUGAAAGUGCCUCUGACGAUGUCAAGUUAGACAAAAGUGAUGCAGCUUUUGUGGAUGUCAUCCACACCAGUGUCUGUCCCCAGAGUAAAAUUUGCUUAGGACUUAGUGGCUCUAUUGGGCAUGUCGACUUCUUCCCUAACGGUGGCGGGAACCAGCCAGGAUGCGCGGUAUUAGGGCCGGUUGCUGAUGCGUUGAGUGGAUGCAGCCAUAGACGGGCGUACGAAUACUGGACUGAGAGCGUAAAUGGCGUGACUCAAUUCAGGUCAGUGCCCUGUCCUGACUGGGAUUCAUUUAGGGCUGGAAACUGUGUAGCCUGUGGGCAGGGUUGCCUCAACAUGGGAAUUCACGUCGAUAAACAGCUCAGAGGCGACUACUAUCUGGAGACCAACGCUAAUCGACCCUAUGCUAAAGGCUGAAACUAAAGGAACUACGGUGCUGUGAGGUGUAAUUUAUUGCUAAAUAAAUGUUGAAUGAUG